AACUCAUCCAUUCACCAAUCCAAACUCACUAACACACUUGAAUAGCAUUUCCUCUUCCAAAAUUUCCAAAUCAUGGCUAGUUCAAUGCUUGUGAUCAAAGUUACUUGCUUGGCUAUGAUAUGCUUGGUUUUGUGCAUUCCAUUAGCCAAUGCUUCACUUACAUGUGAUGAAGUGAAACAAAAUUUAACACCAUGCCUUCCUUAUGUAACAAACCCACAUACAUUAUCUCCCCCUGAUCAAUGUUGCAACGGGGUUAAGACUGUAAAUGACAACGCCCAGAUUAAACCUGAUCGUCAAGAUGUUUGUAGGUGCCUCAAAUCCCUUUUGACCGGCGUACCUGGGCUCAAUGGAACUGUCGCUUCUACCCUCCCUUCGGACUGUGGUAUCAACUUUCGCUGCCCUAUUGGCCCUGACAUGGACUGCGACAAGGUAAACUAGAAUCGAGCAGCUUGCAGGUCUUGAGCUUGACGAAUAACCAAAGACGGAAAUAAUAAAGGAGAUGAGUUUACUAUUACAAAAAACAAAAUGUCUUACGUUCUCUGUUGUAACAGAACAUCACCAAGGAUCACUAUACUAUGUAUUUCCAUGAUAAUUAAAAUAAAA